AACAAUUCCUCAGGCCUUCUGAAUAAAACAAUCAUCACCUUGUUUGUUGCAGCCUCACCUGCGAUCAGAGGCGGCUUUGCUUCGUAACGGUCGCCCAUCAGCAGCAGCCGCCCCUGGACAAUGACGUCGACGACUAGCCGCCCGAACGGUCAUCGUGGGCCGCCCCCCGUCAUGCAAACGGCCGAUCAUCGCGAAACUUGGGGCAAAAAAGUCGACUUUCUGCUGUCGGUGAUCGGAUUCGCCGUCGAUCUGGCAAACGUGUGGCGAUUUCCCUAUUUGUGCUUCAAGAAUGGCGGAGGCGCCUUCCUGGUUCCCUACUGCAUCAUGCUGGUGAUCGGCGGCAUUCCGCUCUUCUACAUGGAGUUGGCCCUCGGCCAGUACAACCGGAAGGGGGCGAUCACGUGCUGGGGGCGGCUCUGCCCCCUUUUCAAGGGUAAGUCGACGACAAUAAUCCCGGGAUAAAUGGGAAAAUGGGGCCGCAAAUCCACCGGUAAAAGCCUGGUGCCCAGACGGAGUCAAUUAUCCACUUGGCUAAAGCGGCGGAAGGAAGUGUGCCAUUCUGCACGCCUUUGACGCUCUGCCACAGGGGAUUAUUCGCGUUGAGUUGGCGAGGGGUUGGCGGGCCCCGGGCGGCUGGUUUGCGGCCCCCUUUUCCACCAGUUGCGUCCGAAACGCGUGCAUUAUAAAAGGGCGGCGCCGUUACUUUGCCUCCCCCACCCCUGCCGGGACGGGGAACGGGCAGUUUCUUAACGGCGAAGUCUGGGGGUUGCCCUUAGCUGCCAGGGGCUUUUGGGUUUUUUCAAAUCGGCCCACUAAUAACCGAGCUGUGGGCCACAGAGUGAUUUGGUGCUCUUCCCAAGGGGCGGCGUUGUCAUUUGCCGUCUACCGCCCUUGUUAGUGGACGGAUUUCGAAACUUCUGCAGCCAAAAUUGGGGGGAAUUUCAAGGGCUUUGUGGCGGUUUUGUCGCUUUUCGAAUCCCAUUUUCGGUUGCAGAGUUGUGA